GACCGGGAGUACGGGAGGCUGCUCACACACACACACAGCGACUGAGAGACCGGGAGUACGGGAGGCUGAGGGGCGGAGGACGCGCUGCCUGAGGGACCGGAGACUCGCUGAGGAGGGAGCGGCCCGGACUCCACUGACUCCACCCAGAGACGCGCCAGCGAACCAAGAGGCAGCCGAGGCCAUAAAAUGAGCGCUCCACACCCCCGGCUCCACCAGAGCGCCGCGCCCGCUGCCAACGCUCCCUGCCCGGACAAGGACGCCGAGAUGCCCGCCACGGAGAAGGACCUGGCCGAGGACGCGCCGUGGAAGAAGAUCCAGCAGAACACCUUCACGCGCUGGUGCAACGAGCACCUCAAGUGCGUCAACAAGCGGCUCGGCAACCUGCAGACGGACCUGGGCGACGGGCUGCGGCUCAUCGGGCUGCUGGAGGUCCUGAGCCAGAAGAAGAUGUUCCGCAAGUACAACCAGCGGCCCACGUUCCGCCAGAUGCAGCUGGAGAACGUGUCGGUGGCGCUGGAGUUCCUGGACAAGGAGAACAUCAAGCUGGUGUCCAUCGACUCUAAAGCCAUCGUGGACGGGAACCUGAAGCUGAUUCUGGGUUUAAUCUGGACCUUGAUCCUGCAUUACUCCAUCUCCAUGCCCAUGUGGGAUGAGGAUGAGGAGGCGGAGUCCGGCAAACAGAAGACACCCAAGCAGAGGCUGCUGGGCUGGAUCCAGAACAAACUGCCGGAGCUUCCCAUCACCAACUUCCACAGGGACUGGCAGACCGGCCGGGCCCUGGGGGCCCUAGUGGACAGCUGUGCUCCAGGUCUGUGUCCUGACUGGGACCAGUGGGACCAGACCAAACCGGUGGACAACGCCCGCGAGGCCAUGCAGCAAGCUGACGACUGGCUGGGCAUCCCACAGGUGAUCACCCCCGAAGAGAUCGUGGACCCCAAUGUGGACGAACACUCGGUGAUGACCUACUUGUCCCAGUUCCCCAAGGCCAAGCUGAAGCCUGGCGCACCUCUACGACCCAAACUCAACCCCAAGAAGGCCCGCGCCUAUGGGCCAGGUGUGGAACCCCUCGGUAAUGUUGUGAUGAAGAAGGCCUUGUUCACCGUGGAGACCAUCAGCGCAGGACUGGGAGAGGUGCUGGUGUAUGUGGAGGACCCUGCAGGACACCGAGAGGAGGCCAAAGUGACCGCCAACAACGAUAAGAACCGCACCUCCUCCGUCUUCUACAUCCCUAAAGUCACAGGCAUGCACAAGGUGACGGUGCUGUUUGCAGGCCAGCACAUCUCUAAGAGCCCCUUUGAGGUGGAGAUCGGCAAGUCUCAGGGAGACUCCAGCAAGGCCACGGCCCAGGGCCCGGGCCUGGAGGCCUCCGGGAACAUCGCCAACAAGACCACUUACUUUGACGUCUACACAGCAGGCGCUGGUGUUGGCGAGGUGGAGGUGAUGAUCAUCGACACCGCCGGCAAGAACACCACGGUGACCUGCGCCAUCGAGGACAAGGGCAACAGCAGCUACCGCUGCACCUACAAGCCCGUCCAGGAGGGGCAGCACACCGUCUACAUCACCUUCGCCGGGGGGCAGAUCAGCAAGAGUCCCUUCAUGGUCACCGUGGGAGAGGCUUGUAACCCCAGCCUGUGUAAAGCUAAGGGUCGUGGUCUGCAGCCGAAGGGCCUGAGGGUCAAGGAGACGGCCGACUUCCAGGUCUACACCAAAGGAGCCGGCACCGGCGAGCUGAAGGUCACCAUCAAGGGUCCCAAGGGACUCGAAGAGCCGUGCAAGAGGAAAGAUCUCGGAGAUGGUGCGUACGGGUUUGAGUAUUACCCCAACACACCUGGAACCUACUCCAUCACCAUCACCUGGGGCGGGCAGCACAUCCCCCGCAGUCCCAUUGAGGUCAAGAUUGGCGCCGAGGCUGGCCAGCAGAAGGUGAGGGCCUGGGGUCCGGGGCUGGAGUUUGGCGUUGUUGGCAAAUCUGCCGACUUCGUGGUGGAGGCGGUCGGAGACAACGUCGGCACACUGGGCUUCUCCGUGGAAGGUCCGUCUCAGGCCAAGAUCGAGUGUGACGACAAGGGCGACGGGUCCUGUGACGUGCGCUACUGGCCCACCGAGCCCGGCGAGUACGCGGUGCACGUGCUGUGCAACAGCGAAGACAUCCAACACUCGCCCUUCAUGGCCGAGAUCGUCAACCCACCAGCCAAAGACUUCUACCCCGACAAGGUCCUGGCCUUCGGUCCCGGCCUCCAGAGCAGCGGCCUGGCUGUCGGGAAGCCCACCGAGUUCACCGUGGACGCCAAGCAAGGAGGAAAAGCUCCUCUGAAGAUUGCAGCUCAGGACGGGGAAGGAGCUCCGGUUGAGGUCCAAGUGAAGGAUAAUGGCAACGGCACAUACGCCUGUUGUUACACCCCUCGUAAGCCAGUGAAACACACCGCCAUGGUCUCCUGGGGAGGAGUGAACAUCCCCGACAGCCCGUUCAGAAUGAACAUCGGAGCAGGCUGUCAUCCCAACAAGGUGAAGGUCUCCGGACCAGGGGUGGCCAAGACCGGCCUCAAGGCCUUCGAGCCAACAUACUUCACGGUUGACUGUGCAGAGGCUGGACAAGGUGACAUCAGCAUAGGAAUCAAGUGUGCCCCCGGAGUGGUGGGACCCGCAGAGGCCGACAUCGACUUUGACAUCAUUCGGAACGACAACGACACGUUCACCGUCAAGUACACGCCUCCUGGAGCCGGCAGCUACACCAUCAUGGUCCUGUUUGCUGACCAGGCUAUUCCAAUGACGCCCAUCAGGAUCAAAGUGGAUCCUUCUCACGACGCCAGCAAAGUCAAGGCAGAGGGACCCGGACUCAGCCGCAGUGGGGUCGAGCUGAACAAGCCCACUCACUUCACGGUGAGCACCAAAGCAGCAGGGAAGGCCAACCUGGACUGCAGCUUCAGCGGCCCGACCAAAGGAGAGGCCGUCAAGGACUUUGAGAUCAUCAACAACCAUGACAACACGCACACGGUGAAGUACACCCCGGUGCAGCAGGGCCCUCUGGGCGUCGCUGUGACCUACGGUGGAGACCCCAUUCCCAAGAGCCCCUUCAGCGUUGCCGUGGCCCCCACACUGGACCUCGGCAAGAUCAACGUCACCGGCCUGGGAGACAAGAUGACUGUCGGCAAAGACCAGGAAGUGACCGUCAAAUCAAAGGGUGCUGGUGGUCAGGGGAAGGUCGCCGCCAAGGUGACCUCGCCAUCAGGGAAGCCGGUGGCCAGCAAGGUGGAGCCCGGGCUGAGCCCAGAGACCAGUCGGGUGAAGUUCAUCCCGCGAGAGGCGGGGCCAUACCAGGUGGAACUGACCUAUGAUGCAGUGCCGAUCCCCGGAUCCCCCUUCAAGCCGACAGCCUAUCCCGUCUCCGACCCUUCCAAGGUCCGCUGCUCCGGCCCAGGCCUGGAGCGCGCCAAGGUCGGGGAGAAAGGGGAGUUCGUCGUGGACUGCACCAACGCCGGCCCGGCCGAGCUGACCAUCGAGAUCAUCUCUGACAGCGGCACCGAGGCCGAGGUUCACAUCCAGGACAACGGAGACGGGACGUACACCAUCACCUACAUCCCGCUGUACCCCGGCUCCUACACGCUCACCAUCCGCUACGGCGGGCAGGAUGUGCCCAACUUCCCCGCCCGGCUCACCGUGAAGCCCGCGGUGGACGCCAGCGGAGUGCGUGUGUUCGGCCCCGGAGUGGAGGGCCAAGGGAUUUUCCGCGAGGCGACCACCGACUUCACCGUGGAUGCUCGUGCUCUCACACAGACCGGAGGAGACCACAUCAAAACCCUCAUCAGCAACCCGUCUGGCAGCCGCACGGACGCCCUGAUCGCCGACCUCGGAGAUGGAACCUACAACGUAGAGUACACUCCCUACGAGGAGGGCCCGCAUAGCGUGGAGGUCUGCUACGACGGCUCUCUGGUACCCAAGAGUCCGUUUCGUGUCGCCGUCACCGAGGGCUGCGAUCCAGCUCGCGUUCGAGUGCAUGGUCCCGGCCUGAAAGGCGGCAUCACCAACAAGCCCAACAAGUUCACUGUGGAAACCCGAGGAGCAGGUACUGGUGGUCUCGGUCUGGCCAUGGAGGGUCCAUCGGAGGCCAAAAUGUCCUGCACUGAUAAUAAGGAUGGCAGCUGCAGUGUGGAGUACAUCCCAUACGAGACCGGCAAGUACAACCUCAACAUCACCUACGGAGGACAGCCCAUCAAAGGCAGUCCGUUCUCUGUGCCCGUCAGCGACUCAGUGGACAGUACCAAGGUGAAGUGCCUGGGUUCAGGCCUGGGUACCAACGUCAGAGCCAACGUCCCACAGGCAUUCACAGUGGACGCCUCCAAAGCUGGAGUGGCCCCACUGCAGGUCCGCGUACAAGGACCCAAAGGUGUGGUGGAGCCAGUGGAAGUGGUGGACAACGGAGACCAGACCCACACCGUCAGCUACGUCCCCACCCGAGAGGGGCCCUACUCCAUCAACGUGCUGUAUGCCGACCAGGAGAUCCCACGCAGCCCCUACAAGGUGAAGGUGCUCCCCACCCACGAUGCCAGCAAGGUGCGUGCCAGCGGACCCGGCCUCAACACCAGCGGGGUGCCCGCCUCUCUGCCCGUCGAGUUCACCAUCGACGCCAAAGACGCCGGCGAGGGAUUGCUGGCGGUGCAGAUCACCGACCCGGAAGGGAAGCCGAAGAAGGCCAACAUCCGCGACAACCACGACGGGAUCUACCUGGUGUCCUACGUGCCGGACAUGACGGGCAGGUACACCAUCCUCAUUAAGUAUGGCGGGGAUGAGAUCCCAUACUCCCCCUACCGCAUCCGGGCCCUGCCCACCGGAGACGCCAGCAAGUGCACCGUCACAGUCUCAAUCGGCGGUCACGGUUUAGGAGCCGGUGUCGGCCCAACCAUCCAGAUUGGCGAGCAGACCGUCAUCACGGUGGACGCCAAGGCGGCGGGGAAAGGCAAAGUGACGUGCAGCGUGUGCACGCCGGAGGGGGCGGAGCUUGACGUGGACGUCGUUGAAAACGAGGACGGAACGUUCGACAUCUUCUACACGGCGCCGCAGCCCGGCGAGUACGUGAUCUGCGUCCGCUUCGGAGGAGAGCACAUCCCCAACAGCCCCUUCCAGAUCACGGCGCUGGAAGGAGCUCCAUCAGACCAGCUCAUGCAGCAGAGCCAGAGGCCUCAGUACUACGCUCAACAGCCCUGGGCAACCGACAGGUCGAUGGGACUGAACGGCCUGGACAUGGCGGGGCUGAGGCCGUUUGACCUUGUCAUCCCGUUCACCAUCCAGAAGGGAGAGAUCACAGGUGAGGUCCGGAUGCCGUCGGGCUCGGUGGCCCAGCCCGACAUCACAGACAACAAGGACGGCACGGUGACGGUGAAGUUCUCGCCCACUGAGGCCGGUCUGCACGAGAUGGACAUCAAAUACGACGGCAUCCACAUCCCCGGAAGUCCCUUACAGUUCUACGUGGACUACAUGAACAGUGGCAAUGUGAGCGCCUACGGGCCCGGCCUCAUCCACGGGACCGUCAACAAGCCGGCCGUCUUCACCGUCAACACCAAGGACGCCGGUGAGGGGGGUCUGUCUCUGGCCAUCGAGGGUCCGUCCAAGGCCGACAUCAGCUGCGUGGACAACCAGGACGGGACCUGCACCGUGUCCUACCUGCCCGUCCUGCCCGGAGACUACAGCAUCCUGGUGAAGUACAACGAGCAGCACAUCCCGGGCAGCCCCUUCUCCGCCCGCAUCACUGGGGAUGACUCCAUGAGGAUGUCCCAUCUGAAGGUCGGCUCGGCCGCAGACGUCCCUCUGGACAUCGGGGACUUUGACCUCAGCCAGCUGACCUCGUCCCUGACCUCGCCCUCGGGCCGCGAGGAGCCCUGCCUGCUGAAGAUGCUGCGCAACGGACACGUCGGCAUCUCGUUUGUCCCGAAGGAGAUCGGCGAGCACUUUGUGAACAUCAAGAAGAACGGCCGUCAUAUCCCCAGCAGCCCCAUCUCUGUCCUGAUCAACCAAUCGGAGCUCGGCGACGCGGGCCGUGUGCGUGUGAGCGGGCCGGGCCUGGACGAGGCUCGGACCUUCGAACCGGCCGAGUUCAUCAUCGACACUCGUGAAGCCGGAUAUGGCGGCCUGAGUCUGUCCAUCGAGGGCCCGAGCAAAGUGGACAUCAACACUGAGGACCAGGAGGACGGCACCUGUAAGGUCACCUACUCCCCCACCGAGCCGGGACAUUACAUCAUCAACAUCAAGUUUGCUGACCAACAUGUGCCAGGGAGUGCGUUCACAGUGAAGGUCAUCGGAGAGGGCAGGAUGAAGGAGAGCAUCACGAGGAAGAGGAGGGCGGCGUCUGUGGCCAACGUGGGCAGCCAGUGUGACCUCAGCCUGAAGAUCCCAGAGAUCAGCAUCGCGGACAUGACGGCCCAGGUGACCAGCCCGUCUGGCCAGGUCCACAAGGCCGACAUCAUGGAGGGCGAGAUCAACACCUACUGCAUUCGCUUCGUCCCCACGGAGACCGGCGUGCACACCGUGUGCGUGAAGUACAACGGCGUGCACGUGCCCGGCAGCCCGUUCCAGUUCACCGUCGGCCCCCUCGGAGAGGGCGGGGCUCAUAAGGUCCGAGCCGGAGGGCCGGGCCUGGAGAGGGCGGAGGCGGGCGUGCCAGCCGAGUUCAGCAUCUGGACCAGGGAGGCCGGCGCCGGAGGGCUCAGUAUUGCUGUUGAGGGGCCGAGCAAGGCUGAAAUUGCCUUUGAGGACCGCAAGGACGGGUCCAGUGGCGUGUCCUACGUGGUGCAGGAGCCCGGAGACUACGAGGUGUCGAUCCGCUUCAACGACGAGCACGUCCCCGACAGCCCCUUCGUGGUGCCCGUGGCCUCGCCGUCCGAUGACGCCCGCCGCCUCACUGUUGCCAGUCUUCAGGAGUCGGGCUUGAAGGUGAACCAGCCGGCGUCGUUCGCCGUCAGCCUGAACGGAGCGAAGGGGGCGAUCGACGCGAAGGUCCACAGCCCCUCUGGAGCUCUGGAGGAGUGCUGCGUCACGGAGAUAGACCAAGAUAAGUACGCAGUUCGGUUCAUCCCCAGAGAGAACGGCCUCUAUCUGAUCGAUGUGAAGUUCAAUGGAAGCCACAUCCCCGGUAGUCCAUUUAAGAUCCGGGUAGGAGAAACGGGCCAGGCCGGAGACCCUGGGAUGGUGUCGGCCUACGGGGCCGGACUGGAGGGAGGCACCACAGGAACUGUGUGUGAAUUUGUGGUGAACACCAGCAAGGCGGGCCUUGGCGCUUUAUCCGUGACCAUCGACGGGCCGUCCAAGGUGAAGAUGGACUGUGUGGAGUGCCCCGAGGGCUACAAGGUCACAUACUCCCCGAUGGCUCCUGGCAACUAUCUGAUUUCCAUCAAAUACGGCGGCCCCUACCACAUCGUCGGAAGCCCCUUCAAAGCCAAGAUCACUGGCUCCAAGCUGGUGUCCAGCCACAGCAUGCACGAGACCUCGGCCGUCAUGGUGGACCCUGUGACCCGGGCCAUCAGCUGCUCUCAGCAGGGAGCUCCCACCCAGUCAGACGCCAGUAAGGUCCUGGCCAAGGGCCCGGGUCUCAGCAAGGCCUUCACGGGCCAGAAGAACAGCUUCAGUGUCGACUGCAGUAAAGCAGGUCGUAACAUGCUGCUGGUGGGCGUGGCCGGGCCCCUGGCCCCCUGCGAGGAGGUCCUGGUGAAGCACGCGGGCCGCCGGCUGUACAACGUGAGCUACCAGCUGAAGGAGAAGGGCGAGUACGUCCUGGUGGUCAAGUGGGGAGACGAGCACAUCCCCGGCAGCCCCUUCCACGUCACGGUGUAGCCGCUCGGAACCUCUGUCUCACGUCAAGAGCUCUUCUUCUGUGUCCUGUAUUUAACCAGUCUGGCUUCAGUGCUCCGCUCAGCCAGAGAUCGGUGGCCCCCCGGUACCCUCAGCCCUGAAGCUCCCACGUGUUGCUCUGAUCAACUUCUCCGUUCCUUGUUUUAUUCUACUGCCGAUGGUUUCUUUGAGUGCCUUUAGGGAUGAAAAGGUGUCCUGGGCAUGAGGGCCAUGAGCUGACCCGUCUAAACCAGUGAACCAUGACGGAGCGUUGGGUGGAAGGUCACUGUUUCCACUGGAGGAGCGAUGGAUCUGGUUUGUUCCCACGGUCUGGUCCUUCUGGACCACACACAUUUCACACGAGGUCCGUAUAGAAGUCAGAGCGGUUGCUUGUAAGCGCUCCGCUCUGGUUCCGCAUGGCGCUCCUUUAACGGCUGCCCGUGGACUCCAGUCACUGCUGUUGGUGAAUAGGUCAUAAGGUCAUUAGGUCAUAGAGGAGAGACGCGUCCUGGUGGCAGGUCACGGUACUCCACCCUCACCAGGCUGAACUCUGCUGCCACACACACAUCAACAGUGAUGUUCACGCUCACACAGCCAAAGGCUCUUAAAAAGGGAAGGUUCUAGGAGGUUCUACUAGGCUGAAGACGAUCUCCUGAUCCACCACAAGAGAACAGCUGUUGCUCGAUGUUUGUGUCCCCCCCCCCCCCCCCCCCGUCCUUCCAGCUCGCUUUGUGCAUAGUCUAUCUUUCAGAACAACAAAUAAUAAUCUUUUCUUAAAUAAAAAAGGCUUUAAAGUGUUUGUAAGACAGUAUUUUGAUACACAAUAAAGUUGUCUAAGUAUUUUUCUGUCAA